AUGGAGGGGGGCGGGCGGCAGCGCCCGCUCCCCCACAGCGCCCCCCUGCGGCCGCCGGCGGCGCCCCGCCACCGCCCGGCACCGGGGCACGCCAAGGCUGCCCCCGGGGUGCUGCACGUCAAAGUGGAGGAGCCCGAGGUGCAGCCGGGAAAUGCUUCGGGCUACUGCGGGGAUAGCAGGGAGUCAGAGAGAGGGUUCGGGUGCUCCCAAGUUCAGGGAGUGGGUGAAGAGGCUUGCGGUGCCGUCAAGAGAGAAAGGGACCGUGAAAGGGGCAGUGGUGAAAGCCAGAGCAAGGUGAAGGUGCUGGAGAAAUGGGGGAGUGGAAAGGAGACCUGCAGAGAAGGUGCUGUCAAAGUGGAGCUGCCUGAUGUGGCCUUUGAGGCCUCCGGGGUGAAGGUGGGAAAGGGUGAUGCUUCGGCUGGAUCCCUCUGUGGGACUGCCAAUGCCCCUGAAGAUGUGAAGAUCCCGGUUGUGCUUCACCCUUUGCCUCCUGGGACCCACAUCCAGAUCCAAGGCCCUCUGCCAUCAGGCCUGCUCCACAUGGCGAAAGUGCCGGUGAAAAAAGUGCCGCUUAAAAUGCAGUCUUUGCUGGAGCCUUCAGUAAAGAUCGAAACCAAAAACGUUCCCUUCACAGUACUCCCCUCCGAUGCAGGUAUGCCAGACACUCCAUUUAGCAAGGACAAAAAUGGCCACGUAAAGCGCCCAAUGAAUGCAUUUAUGGUGUGGGCAAGGAUUCAUCGGCCUGUCCUAGCAAAAGCUAACCCAGCUGCCAACAAUGCAGACAUCAGUGUUCAGCUUGGAUUGGAGUGGAGCAAACUGACUGAAGAGCAGAAGCAGCCCUAUUAUGAUGAAGCUCAUAAAAUAAAACAAAGGCACAGAGAGGAAUUUCCUGGUUGGGUUUAUCAACCACGACCAAGCAAAAGGAAGCGUUUUCCACUGCCUGUCUCUGCUGUGUUUUCCAGUGUUUCUCAGAGUGUCAUCACUACAAAUCCAGUUGGCAUUUGUCCCAUCCAGUCACCUGCUUACUCUGUUGUCAUCCCCAACGUGAAGAACAGUAUUGGAUAUCCAGUUUGUGAGCCUCCUGCCAUCCGUCUGCCGGCUUCUUCCAUUCAACCUGCUGGUCCAAUUACUCUUUUCCAGACUACUAGUGCAAACACCGCAUCAGUGGCUGUUCCAGCUCCAACCCUGCCCCUGCACCCUGUAAUUUCACCACAGCACUUUGCUGAACCUGCUAAGACAGAAGCUCUUGAUGUGUCAUCUGGGCUCAAUUGCUCUCUGAAGAGACCUGCACCAGUUUUCAUUGAGAGCUUCAGCGGAAACCCAAGUAACAUAACCAACACUAAUGGCAGAUUUUCUGUCUCUAAUAGUGAGCCCCCCAAGGAGUACCCAGGGGUUUCUAUUUUCCCUAGAGGUUUACCUCUUCCCCAGGCUACCCCUUUUCUCCACUCACACGUCUAUGACAUUGCUCAGCCAGCUGGUCUGUUUGGAGUACCUCCUCGGGUUUCAUUUUACCACUCUUACAUUGUUCCUGGACCUCACUAUUUCCCAUCAAGCACAUGCCCGUUCAGCCGUCCUCCAUUUGGCUGUGCGAAUUUCCCCAGCUCAGUGCCUGAAUGCUUUGGCUUUUAUGAAGACAAGUACCGAAGACAGGAAUUGAUGUUUCCAGCUCUGGACGGAGCCUAUCCUUCCAAGGAAUACCCAGAAGAAAGUACAUGUGAGAACCACCACAGCUAUGUGAGCCUCGAAGCAGUGUCCUCUCACAGCAACUGGAACGAGGGGCAGGUUAUAAGUCCCCUACCACAGCUGGACGUUGGAGUACUGGAGGAGGUUUUCUCAGCCACCCCGUCUAAUUCCUCCAGCAUCCACAUAGUCAAUGUAACUGAUAGUGACGAGGAAGAGGAAGUAAAGUUGUUGCAAGAAUUGUAAUUUUUAAAACAUUAUAAUCCAGAGUUAUAUUUUAGAAUGGGAAAUAAAUGUUUUCCUCAA